GCAGUCUUUAGAAUGUGACGUUUCGCGCCAACAUAUUGAAAAGUAAUACUUCCACGAAAGUUGAAAAACUAAAUAUAUUUCAGCAGUGUGUAUUAUAAUGAAAUGCGUCUGAAUUAUUGUUUGUGUGUGUGUUUAAAUCCUGUGGAAAUAUUAUAUAUGUGUUAUUAGCAGGACCCUCGGACACGGAGCGUGUGGUGUAGAGUCGCAGACGACUGAAGAAAAAUCAUUUGGAAGGAGGAGGGGAUGUGAUUGAAAUUAAAUGAGUGAAUAAAUAACAAAAAAUAGUGGAACGUGUCACUAGAGAAGGAGGAGGUGGUGUGUAUGAUGAUUGAUAAUGGGUGAUCAGGGAGUGUACAAGACGUGCGUCAACAUCAACGAGGAUGAGGGGGAGGAUGAAGUGGACCUGGCGCUCACCAGGAAGAAUCCUUUCGUGAGGGGCUCCGACCCCCGCGUGGCGACCUGCCGCGGCCGUCUCCAGACCCGCAGGUGUCAACUCAACCAGGAGAUCAACAAGGAACUGCGGCUGAGGGCGGGCGCGGAGAACCUGUUCAAGGCUACCACCAACAGGAAGCUGAGGGAGACGGUGGCCUUGGAGCUGAGCUUCGUCAACUCCAACCUCCAGCUGCUGAAGGAACAGCUGGCCGAGCUCAACUCCUCGGUGGAGCUGUACCAGAACGACAGCAAAGAAUGUGUGAUGCCCAUGAUCCCGCUGGGCCUGAAGGAGACCAAGGAGGUGGACUUCCGCGAGCCCUUCAAGGACUUCAUCCUGGAGCACUACAGCGAGGACGCCGCGGCCUACGACGACGCCAUCUCCGACUUCAUGGACAUGAGACAGGCCACGCGCACGCCGGUGAGGUCUUCAGCUGGCGUGGCGCUGCUGUUCAAGUACUACAACCAGCUGUACUACAUCGAGCGCCGCUUCUUCCCGCCGGACAGGUCGCUCGGGGUCUACUUCGAGUGGUUCGACUCCUUGACCGGCGUUCCGUCGUGCCAGAGGACGGUCGCCUUCGAGAAAGCCUGCGUGUUGUUCAACAUAGCCGGCAUCUACACGCAGAUAGGAGCCAAACAGGAGCGCUUCACGUGCUCGGGCCUGGACGGGUCCGUGGACGCGCUGCUGCGGGCGGCCGGCGCGCUCCGCUACAUACACGAGAACUUCACCAACGCUCCCUCCGUGGACCUCGCCGCCGACACGCUGCUGGUGCUGGGCGCGCUCAUGACGGCGCAGGCCCGCGAGUGUCUGUUCGAGAAGCUGCAGCUGCAGGCCAGCGAGUGUCGCGACCAGCUCGGAGACCAGCUUAGCUUGGACCUGGCGCAGGAGGCCGCGCGCCUGGCAGACACCUACCGACAGCUGUACGAGAAGAUGCAGACGGAGGGAGUCAUCAACUACGUGCCGUACUCCUGGGUGUCGCUGGUGCACGUCAAGGCGGAGUUCUAUAGAGCGGUGUCUCACGAGUACUGCGCCGCGGGGCUCCUGGCACCCGAGGGGCCGCCCGGCGACAGACUGCGGGACCUCUACCAGCCGGACGGACACGGCGAGCAGGCCUCGUGCGAGAGCUCUCUGCCGGCGCUGGGUCGGGCUCACCUCGCGGAGGCCCUCGCGGCCUACGAGGAGGCGCUCAGGCUGCAGAGGAUGUGUAGGGAGCUCCGGAACAAGCAGUCUCUGUCCCGCCUGAUGAGCGUGAGUCGAGAGCGAGCCGCGGGGCUGGUGGCGCCACCCGCUGACGACUUCGACGACCUCAUCGACGCUCCGCACAUAGCCCCAUCGUCCAAGUUCCAGCUGGCGCUGACUCCGCCCGACUUCUCCCAGCACCGGGUGGAGGACCUGUUCCGGUCCCUGGGACCCAUCGCCGUGUUCUCCGCCAAGCGCCACUGGAGCGCCCCGCGUCUAGUGACGCUCCACCGGCACGCGGGCGGGCCUCGCAGGAGGGACGGCGCGGGCGACGACGACUACGUCACCAAACAGAACGGAGUCUACAUCAGCAGCUUCGACGGAGAAUACCACCGCAGCCGGGCCCGGGAGGCCGGGAGAGCGCCGGCGGACGGGGAGGGGUUCGGCUUCACCGUCCGCGGAGACGCGCCCGUCAUGGUGGCCGCCGUGGAGCAGGACUCGCUGGCUGAUAUGGCGGGCAUGCGGCCAGGAGACUUCAUAAUGAGCGUCGGCGACAGGGACGUGAAGUGGAGCUCGCACGAGGAGGUGGUGCGGCUGACGAGGGCGGCGGGCGACAGACUCACCCUCAGGCUCGCCUCGCCCAUGGACCAGGGAGCCAAGUCGUCCCCUAACGGAGGCCGUCAGUCCCGCUCCAACCAGGGCUCCGUGUCCGCGGCCUCCACGUCCUCGGGGUCCACGGCGGCCGCGCGCCCCAGACGAGCUCCCUCCUGGAACCCCUUCAAGAAGAACGGUGCGAGGGACAACAGCCAGCACAGACACGCCAACCUCGUCUACCGAUGAUCGAAGACGUCGGCCGAAUGACGUGUGCCGUUGCUGCUUCCGAACGUUGUAUCGAUUCUAAAGACAGCUGUCAAAAUUGGCGCCAAAAUUAGUUGAAGAAAUGGCCGCCAUAUAUGUGAAGAUGUAUAUUAUUCUUAUUGUAUAGUCGUUGUUAUCUUCGAAUAUUCUCAGAGUAUUCGUCGAGUUGUUGUUGCUGUUUGUGUAGUGACGUAUCUCGUCUGUUUUUAUCUGUUAUAUAUUUAAAUUUUAAAUAUAUAAUGAGUCAAGUUAUGGCUAUGACAUUCCAAAGUUUACUAACGCUUUACUUAGAAACGUUACUUUAUCUCUUACAAUAUAUGAAACGUGUCAGGUUUCUCUCCAGUCAUAUUGUUAUGCUCCUCGGUAGACUGUCGCAUCUUCAUUUCGAUGAAGACGUGCACAGUUCGCGAAAAACGAUUCAUGUCGUGUCAAAGGAUCACUUGAUGUAAGAGUUGUUAAGGAACGCCGCACUUAAGAGGAAUUGUUUUGGUUGUGAUCGAUUUGAAAAUUCCGCUUCUCCGACCUUGAUCGCACCCAGACAUUAACAUUAGCUGUUAAGGAUUGUAUAUGAGUGUAUAGAUGUAGAGUAAUAAAGAAUAUGAUAAGUCCUGAAUAUACGUUAUGAGAAACUUU